AUGCCACGAGAUCGUACCACAACUGCUAUUCCAGGUAGUCAUCUACGACAGGAUAGCUCACUAAGCCCUCACGCCGCAGGUGACGCAUUAUCUUCAUCACGCAGAACUCCGUCCUCUUCUGCGCGACGAUAUCCUCGUAGCGGCUUGUCUUUGCCUGCCUCCGAGCUGCAGUCUCUAUUACCCUCAUUCGAAGCAGCCAGCUUGCUCGUCGACACAUAUUUUGACCGCGCUCACUGGUUCAUGUUGAUUUUCCAACAGGAUGAGUUUCGUCAGCGAUGGCCAAAACUCUAUCAACGCCAUACCGGACGGGCACCGCCUUUGGUAUCCAACACCGCAUUUUUGAGCACAUUCCUCGUGGUCAUUGCGAUCGGGCUCCAUUACGUUGGUUCCUAUCGGCAAUCACUGCUCGCUAAACACGGCAUCGAUCCAAGUCUGAAAGACCGCAUCUUGUCCUGCGUGAGGGCUAAGUUAUUGGAUGUUAUGUCGCUCGGUUCCUUAGAAGCCGUGCAGACCUGCGUUCUUCUCGGAACCUACUACUUGUAUCAUGGCUCUCCCCGUCUUGCGUGGCCUGUGUGCGGUUGUGGACUUCGAAUCGGGCAAGCCUUGCACCUCCACCGGCGUGUCAGCCCUUCUGGGUGUUCUGGUUUUCGUCAGCAGUAUGAAACUAGGAAGCGGUGUUGGUGGGCGAUUUACGAGAUUGAAACCUUUUCAGCAGUCGUGUAUGGUUAUCCCCACAGCAUCUGGGACGCUGACUGUGAUGUGGAGCCAUUAGACCCUUCAGCAAAGGUGCAGGCUGCGGGGAGCGCUGGUUCAUCCGAUGAAGCUGCGGGGCGCAGAACAACGUUGCUGUCUUACAAAUGCCUCAUGUCGGAGCUAUCAGUAUUGACAAAAGCCGCAUUGGGAGAGCUGUAUCGCACCAGUACUUCCUCGACAGAUGACGGGAGACCAUACAGAUCUCGUGCAGACUUGCAGGAUACCAUACAGGAAGUGAUGAGGUUGAGCGAUCGCUUGCGGCAGUGGCAAGCCAGACUUCCCUCUGAGCUUCAAUGGGAUCGAGUGUGCGAUCGGGUCAAUUAUUCGACACCUGAGGAAGUCGAUCGUGAUGUCGGGGCGUCGGGGCCGCGGUUCGAGAAUCACAUCUAUCAGCUGCAGGCUAUGGCUCUCAUGCUGGCCUAUGAGAUUGCCAUCAUACUCGUACACCGACCACUGCUAUCCUACAAGCUUCGGAAGAAGAAUGAGCCCGGUGUCUUUCCAGGCGAUUCUGGGCGAGCUGAUCAAUCCACAUCGAAUCCCUUCACCGCCUCGUUGGACGCAUGUCGUGCUGCGGCGCUCAGGAUGUCUUCCAUCCAGUCGAGUCCAAUUCUCAACCUUGUCGCUGAAACCUAUGCUGCUACAUUUGUCAGUAUACAUACUUUCACUGCCGGAGUUACGUUGGGCAUCCUGUGCAGCAUGGACCCUCUAAACUCGGAAUCAGGUGUUUCCAAACUAGCCCUCCAGAAGGUUAUGGCAAUCCAGGAGGCCUUGAAAUCACGAUCUGUGGUUGCGGAGCAGGGCCUGGACAUUCUUCAGCGACUGACUAAACUGGUGAUGCAAAAAGAAUUGGAUGUCUUGCUUGGUAGAAGUAGUUAUCCAGCGUCUGCGCAGUCAGACCCGACGGUAGGAUUUUCCAAUCACCCCCUGGUGGGAAACCCACCAGAGCCCUCUGAAGCCGACGCAUCUCAUCUCGACAAUUCGAGGGAAACGACGGGAAUCGAUGAUUCCACCGAUACCAUCUCAAGUUGGGAAGACGUUCUCUACAUGAAUGAUCCUGCGCUGACUGAGGCACUACAUGAUUUCGAUCAAGCAUUACUAUCUUAUGCGCCUCAAUCUCAGGCAGAAUCGGAAGAACCGUCAGGAAACCCAGUCUUGUGGCCAGCGACUCUCGAUGGCUUCCCUAUACUACAGCAGACAUGGCUCUGGGAUAUCGACAACGAUCUUGCUUUUGGCAUAGAUCCUACACAUUCUCCUCCGCCAUCGGCUUGA